AUGCAAAAUCUAUAUGCCUCGUUCUCAAAGCGUCGCCUUAACCUGUACAAACAGGCAAGCGAGCUUAGCACUCUCUGCGGCAUUGAUAUUGGAAUCAUCAUUUUCUCCCCGAGAGACAUCCCGCACUCCUUCUUCCACCCUACUAUGGCGUCCGUGCUCGAAAGAUACAGAAACCCCAACCGGCCUACCAAUCAACCUAAUCUACUCCUCGAGGCGCAUUACCGAGACCGGAUAUCACAACUUAAUCAAGAGUUCGACGAGGUAUUUGAAGCGAAAGACAAAUUAAUUGAAAGGGUUGACUAUCUUGACGAGAUUGAUAGAAUUCGCCCUAAAAACUGGUGGGAACAAGUACCUAUUGAGAGCCUUAAUGGCGAGGAGGUCAGAGAGUGGAUCACUUGGUUCGAGAACCUCCUCGCCAAAAUUAAUAAACGGCGACAAGAGAUUCAGAAUGGUGCAAGCUCCUCUGCAUCGGUUGCUACGCAACAGCAACCGAUGCAAGUACAGACCAUUCAAAAUCUCCCCGACAUUUCUGUCGCAAGCCGCGCUAUCUUACCCUCGAGCUACAAUCUACCCACAUAUGUAUCAUCUCAUCCUUUGGGGUCUUCUUCUCCGACACAGGCCUUGGCGCAGGUCCAACCCGAGGAAUACAAUCUUCCAGGCUCUUCGACGCAAGUCCAAGACCUCUCGAACGCUCGUGGGGAAAGAAGAAGGUAUAAUCCCGACCCUUUUUCUUAUCUUGCCGGGGCGUAUGACCAUUUACGGAGGGAAGAUGAAAACAUGGGUAAUGAUCUUGGUGGCGGAAGCAAUGGUGCUGACGGUGACAAUUCUUGGAGUCAGCGGUGGUGGCCGUAG